AUGUUCUUUCCUCUGGAGAGGUAUCGUAUGAUAGUAGUGGUACAUAACGUCAUUACCAUAUGCUAUGUACAAGGGGUAUACGCCGCGGGUCUUCACUCCACUGUUCGCUUAUUUCUUCUUUCCUCGGAUCAUCUACCCGGUGAGAUGGAUCCUGACGAUGUAAACUUUCCAUGGUCAAUGUAUACUCAGGUUACAAACCAGGAAUCAGUUUACUGUCGUGCAGCUGCUGCUCAAGCAGCCGAGGUCAAAAGGUUAUCUGAUGAUCAGUUGUUGAGUCGAUUCCCAUUGGGAAGACUGGGCUUUAAGGAUAAGGGGUCUGGUAAGCUAAGGUGA